AUGGUAUCUGUGCUCCAAAAUGUCAAGGCUACAAUGGCCUGGAGGAAACACCAGCUUCUAGCUGACUUCGAUGAGAACGAGAGCCCUGUACCCGACAAAGUCAAGAGACAGCUGUCUUUGAGUUCUCUCUGUACCACCCACGUGUCGCUAAGGAAGCGAGUACCAUUAAAGCAAGUAGAGCUGAAUUUUCAUAAGACCCCAACUUGGGAAAGUCUGGAAGCAAGACAGAAGUGCCAAACUCUUCAGAGUAUUAAACGAACAGCAAAAAAUGCUUUUGGAACAGUGUCCCAGAAAAUGCAGAAGUCUUGCCAGAGCCCAGAACACUCCAUGUUGACCUUUCCAGCUGAAUCCAUCAGCAGCUGUGCAACCAGUUCUACCAAGAAAAAAACUACACCUCAAACAACUUGCCGUAAGAAGAAUGUUUCUCCAGCAGCCAGUUCCAAAGGCACCCCAAGAUCCAGCAAAAGAGCCUUGCUUGUGCCAACAAUGGUGUCAAAGCGUAGGGCAUGGAGGGGUUUCUCAUCCUGGCUCAGUAACGAUGCUGUCGGUCUCCGGAGAUCAAGAAGAGCAGCAGCACUGAAGAGUCCUUAUUCAUCACCCAUUCCUGCCAGCAGAAAGAUAGAGUUUGACUGUGAGCUGGAGCUGGUCUCCUCAGGAAUUUGCCAGUUGGAGUGUAUCUCCCAGGCGUUUGAUGAUACCAUUGUGGAAGAGGAGAGGCAACACGCAGUAUCAGACUGCUACUGUCCAGUGGCACAGAACUUACCGUCUUCUCGUGAUCUCAAACUUUCUUAAGUUACCAGAAGGCAAGCACAGAAACUCCAUCAAGCACUUGGUACCUAG